CUAUAGUAGCUGUGGUGAUGAGACCAAGAUAUGGAGGGAUGAUGGGGAAGUCCUUCCCUGUUACUUUCACUCUCUAGGGCCAGGGACACACAUACCUGAGGUGGGCUAAGGCACUUGGGGAAUUCCCCAAGUGGCCCAGAAAUAGUUAAAGAAUGAUGAGUGUGGCAAGAGGGCAACAGGGAGGAAGUGAACAGGAUCCUCCCUUCACACAUGGUUGUGUUUCCUAAAGGAACUCAAGCUAGUGGGCUAUCAUCACAGCACCUGGAUUGUAAAGGUCUGAAGAUUCCUCUGUGGAAAAAGGAACCAGAGGAGCUCCUGGAUGAGGAUGAGGAUGAGGAUGAGGAUGAAGAGGAGGAAGGUUCAGAUGAGAAGGAUUCAGAAGAAAUAGAGAAAGCUUCAGAGAAGGAGGGAGAGUACUGGGAUUCAGAGCAGGAGAAUCAAGAUGGCGAAGGGAAAGACAAAGGCUCAAUCUCUUACUGCCCUCUCCGCCAAGAAUCCAGUAUACCAGAGGUGACGGCCCUGAGGCGCUCAGAGAGCGUAUUUUGGACAUGGCUCAGCCCCCUCUCCCUCCUCUCCAACCUGGCCUUCCCUAUGGACAGGAAGAGGAUCCCACAAGGACAGAUAUGCCUACUGGAGAAGCAGCAGCAGUCUAAGAAGUGCUCUUGUUCCCGUUGUGAGAUUCUUUUCUGCAGGAAAUGCGAGACACUACACUGUGACCCCAACUAUGUGGAACACUGUAUCCUGGACCACUGGGAGGGUGGUGAACCUUCUGAGCCACAGAUACAGAGUGGGACUAGUAGAACCAUGCUAGGCAUUUCAGACCAGGAAGAAGAAUAUGAAGCAGAGCCAAAAAGCCACUCUCAGGAGGCCAUUUUGCUUAUGCCACCUCAACUCAUGGCCGAGGAGCUUCAAUAAAAUCUUCGGUUCAGCAAUCAA